AUGUGUGGGCGGGGCCUAAUCGCGCAUCCAGACUGGCGUCUCUCUGGCGACAAGUUCGUCACUAACGUUACGUUUACGCAAAGAAGCGGCCCGUUGCCUUUGGACCAUGAACCGCCGGUGUGGUGCACGUCUGGUUAUACAGGAGUAAAGGCUGAAGCUGAGAAAGAGGUUUAAAGGACAUCGAUUUGUUUCUUCUCACCUGUGGUUGUCUGUGUUCCGGCAGAAUGUCCGUCUCCAGCACACCUACCAGUAAUGAUGCGUGUUUGAGCAUCGUUCACAGCCUCAUGUGUCACCGGCAGGGAGUAGAGAGCGAGUCCUUUGCCAAAAGAGCCAUCGAGAGUUUAGUGAAGAAGCUGAAAGAGAAGAAAGACGAGUUAGACUCGCUGAUCUCUGCCAUCACUACAAAUGGAGCUCACCCUAGUAAAUGUGUGACCAUACAGCGCACGCUGGACGGUAGACUGCAGGUUGCUGGUCGUAAAGGAUUUCCUCACGUCAUAUACGCGCGACUGUGGCGAUGGCCGGACCUGCACAAGAAUGAACUCAAGCAUGUGAAAUACUGUCAGUUUGCCUUCGACCUGAAGUGUGACAACGUGUGUGUGAACCCGUACCACUACGAGAGGGUCGUGUCUCCCAGCAUCGAUCUAUCCGUGCUAUCUCUGGGAGGACCGGGGCCGAGUGGAGAGCUCAUCGUAAAGGAUGAAUUUGAGGGUCAGUCCUCGCUUUCUGCUGCUAGUGGAGGACACGGCAUUCAAACCAUCCAGCACGCGGCUGCCCCAAAUGCCCUGACUGACGCUUUCAACAGCCCCGCCCUCCUGCCUCCACCUGACUCGGCAAGCUCCGCCUCCACCUUGGCUUUCACCAGUAUGGCUGCCGGCCCACCUAAUGCUCCCAGCUCAUGGCCCAGAGGGAGCAGUUUCCCUCCCAGCAUCCCGCAUCAGAACGGCCACCUACAACAUCACCCACCUCUGCCUCACACGGGCCAGUACUGGUCGGUUCAUAAUGAGCUGGCGUUCCAACCACCCGUAUCCAGCCACCCAGCUCCGGAUUACUGGUGCUCUAUUGCGUAUUUCGAGAUGGACAUCCAGGUGGGCGAGAUGUUUAAAGUGCCCUCCAACUGUCCCGUUGUGACGGUGGACGGUUACGUGGACCCAUCGGGUGGAGAUCGUUUCUGUCUCGGCCAACUGAGCAAUGUUCACCGCACGGAGGCCAUUGAGAGAGCCAGGCUUCAUAUCGGUAAAGGGGUUGAGCUGGAGUGUAAGGGCGAGGGGGACGUGUGGGUUCGCUGUCUCAGUGGUCAUGCUGUGUUUGUUCAGAGUUAUUAUUUGGACCGUGAGGCCGGACGAGCUCCGGGUGACGCUGUACAUAAAAUUUACCCCAGUGCCUACAUAAAGGUGUUUGAUUUGCGUCAGUGUCAUCGGCAGAUGCAGCAGCAGGCAAACACGGCUCAGGCUGCGGUGGCUGCGCAGGCGGCUGCGGUGGCAGGGAAUAUUCUGGGUCCAGGAUCAGUGGGUGGCAUCGCUCCUGCUAUCAGUCUGUCUGCUGCGGCGGGCAUCGGUGUGGACGACCUGCGGCGUCUCUGCAUCCUACGCAUGAGUUUCGUGAAGGGCUGGGGUCCGGAUUACCCCCGCCAGGGCAUCAAAGAGACGCCGUGCUGGAUCGAGAUUCAUCUGCAUCGGGCUCUCCAGCUCCUGGAUGAGGUUCUGCACACCAUGCCCAUAGCUGACCCUCAACCUCUGGACUGAUGCUGAAACCUUUAUAACUUUCAUUAGUUAUGACCUCUGACCCCACCCACGACAGAUUUGUCACGCCUCUUUAUAAGCGUCACACUGUUAAAACCAGCAAUACAAAAACACUAAUCCUGUUUCAUCAGACAGGACUGUUCCUCAAACCACUGCGAAAUGAGACUUUAAACACUUAAGACUUUUGUGUUUGAUAAAUCUUUAAAGACUUUUAUAUUGCAUUUCAUCAAGUUUUGUCUUAACAUACAGUGGCUGCACACAUGUUGUAAUAGUGAUGUCACUUCUCUUAAUCGGCUUUCAAUCAUGUAACACAAGGUCAGUGAAUUUUGGCAAACUGUAAAUCAUUUUGUGAGAUGUAUUAUGGAAGUAAUGGGGCAAUUUAUACACAGAAAUUCUUUGCAUUGUGUACUUGAUCAGAAUGUUGUUCUUUGUGUUUUUCUCUUUUACUUUAUUUUUGUAAAGCUAAUGUUCACUUGUUUGUAUCAAGAUGUAUUGUAUGCUUGUACUUUAUGACUGCAUAAGGGCUUUGACUCAAUAUCAUCAAUCUAUUCUUUGUUUCUUGUGCUGAUUCUCUCAGAGAUCAGACAGAUGGACCUUCAUACAAUAUUAAUGGCGAGCGCUGUUAGCACAAAAGGAAAUAUGAAUUCUUAAGAAGCUCCCGAAAGUAUAACGUCUUUGAUGUAGAAUCCCAACACAGUGGGGUCUCUGUAACCAUCUGUAUUACUGAAUAAACACCCGUUCACAUUCAAAAACAACAAUUAUUCUAGCAUCCAUCCCAAUGACAAUAACAUGAUGUUUAAUCAAAAUGGAAGUUGAUUGGCUGUCAAUGUUCUAUCGUUCAUGAGCUGGAAAGGAUUCGCUCUGAUGUGAUCUCAACCAUAAUGUUCUUCUGCAUCUUUGUUAUAGUUGUGGGUUGAACUCUGCUAUUCAUUUCAACGAAAAAUGAUUUUUAAAGGGGUCAUAUGAUUGACUGA